GAGGUGCAAAUUUCCGUUUGCCAAUUCAGUGCCAGUUUUGCUGCAGUGCUUUGUGGUUUGAGGAGUUUAUUGCAUAUAUGCAUUGUAGUUAUUUGGGGGAAGAAUUCAAAGAAUCCAAUCGAGGUACAUCGAGGGCGUGCUUAUCAGCUUGUCUCGCGGACUCUCGCUUAUCGUAAAUGUGUUUUAGUCAUUGGAACAUCCAUUAGGUACAUGAGCCGGCAAUGGCUUUUGAGUGAUGGUUGAUUUAUCGCCGAAAAAGUGUUGUUAGUACAUCCGUGGAACGUGCCUCAAGAGCCAUGGAGCUCCAGCAUCAAAUUUAUCUACUUGUGGCCAUAUUUGGCGGUGUUUGCACCUUGCUACUGGUUCUGAUCAUAAUUUUAGGAAUUUUCGUGCGAAAUGUUCGCAAGUCAAUCAAGGACGAGGACGAGCAACCACCGCGAAGCAUAAACUAUGGAUUUGAGCACGACACGACAUCGCGCAACAACAUUACCAACGACGAUUUGCGGUCCAUGAAGUCGGAGGCCAUCCGGAGACCACCGCACAAGAGCAAUCUGACGAAACCCCGCAAUGACGACUCCCGGCACCAGUCGAACGUCCGUCCCAACACCAAGGACACCAAGCGCUCCCAAAAAGGUAACGAAGGCCGCGGUCCACCGCGGAAGCAACGCCAGUAUUCCGAAAGUGGGGACACCUCGGGCCGGUAUUCGGACAGCGCGUUCGACAACGAAAUCAACAACAUGUUCGACAUUGACGGGUACGACGACGACGACGACCGGGACAGUGUCGUGAGUGCGGAUCGGGACUAUAAUAACCGGGGCCAUCGGAAUCAUAGUCAGGGUCGAUCAGUUCCGCCGCCACCUCCUUCGAACAACAAUAAUAAUCGGAACAGGAACAAUAAUAAUCCGCCUCCUGGCAUGAAUCGGGGAGGUCCGCCGGGCGGAGGAGGUGGCGGUGGCCCGAGGUCGAUGUAUCCGGCCGGGAAUCCACACGAGGCAAAGACCUAUUUCAACGAGAGGGGCAUGAACUAUUGAAAUGCACGAAUAACAAAGUCUAUGUAUUCUUUAUUUGAU